ACCUAACUAACAAUUUGAAAAGAAAAUUAGUUUGGUACAUGUGAAAUUGCCUGUUCAAAAUCAGUAUUUGCUUUUGAUGUGGUUUUGUUCUAAACACUUAGCAUUUUACAUACAGUUGUAAAAUCAGUCAGGGAGAGUAGCUCAGAGGGAUUGUGGCGCCAAACAUGAGAAAAGUUCUGUAUUCCAGUAGAGCCUCAGCUUUGGGGACUUUAACUCAAGGUCACCUGCAGGCGUCAGAGGGCAACAGCAUGAUAAAUAUCUAGAAAAUGUUACAUUUUGCAGAAGGAUAAGGAAAAACUGGGAUUUUUUUUUUUUCUAUGGAAAAAAGCACUGGGGAAAAGGGGGCAGGGAAUAUUGAAACAAGAGGGAAUGAGUCCCAUAUUGAUUAGGACAGGCCUAUUAAUAGUGGCCAUAAGCUGCAGCAGGGAAGCUGUUGAUUAUGCAUUGAAAAGAUCUGUCUGGAAUACAGUAAGAACAAACCGCUUGGGGGAGCGUGAACUCUUCCAGCACUACAUUUUUAUUUUUUUUAAUUUUUUUUUUUCCCCCUGAACAGUUGUAAACCAGCUCUGCUGAAUCAUUAGAGUAUCUGUCUGAGGCAGGGGUGGAUUAGAUAACCUCUUGGGGCUGCUUUUGUGAGAUAUGUCGCUGUUUUCUUAUGAACGCCUCUUUAAAAUCACCAAGGGGUUUAGCUGACACAAACGCGCUGUCUCCAGGUUUUCUGCCAUGUCAGCAGAAGGAAGAUGAAAACAGCUCAGUGACUGGAAAAGAGAUGUGCCCCUUACAGCCUGGCACACAAGUGGGCUGCUGGCCGUGCUGGGGCACAGGUCCACAGCUUGCCAAGCACCCGGGACAACAGGCUGGGCUCCCUGCAGGACAGAGAGAAACCCCCAAUGGAGAGAACAUCUUGAACCCCCAAGUUCUUUUGCACAGAGUGAGCAGCUUGGUGGCAAAAGCAAACGGUGUCCUGUGAGUUGGGCCCUAACUUGGGGCACAUCAGAUGGGUGCUGGGCUUCUGCAGCAUUACCCUGCUGGGGUGAAUAUGAAUUCCUGGCUAAACUCUUCUUCUUUUUUUUUUAAAGAAGUAAGAUUCUCUACAGUUUUUAUGCUGAGGAUGACGUUUCAUCAUUUUGGCAGAGCGAAGAUACUUCCAUCCUUUCUGCUGUUUCUCUCCGAAGGAUGCACUUCACACCAAUCUUCGGAUCAGCGGCGAGGCUUGGUGCUGGCACCACCAUCGUGUGACCUCCUCCACCAGCGAGACGCGGAGACACGCUGCCCAACAACUUCUCUGUGCCUUCCCAGCCUCUUCCAGUCCUGCGUCCUGCCAACCAGAGGCUGGGAUGACACGGUCCCCUCGCCCUCACGGUGCCCAGGGGAUCACGCUCUGCCGGGAAUCCACCUGGGCCAACACAAUUUGUUUAACGGGGAAGAGAAGGCGCAUCUCUGCCAGCUCCCCACCAGCGGCCUGUUUAUUGCCCAGCCUUCGAUAUUUGUCCUUCGGAAGCUGCAGCGCUGGGAAACACUGCCUGUUCCCGCAGCUUUCCCGGCAUUAAUCUCAGACCCGAGGGCCGAUCGUUGCCGCCCUCAAUCCGGAGAGGCUGGUUCCGCGGCUGCGGGCCCGGACCUCGGCCCCGCUGCCCUUCCCCGGAAUCUCCCGGGCCUACCGGAGCGGGGCCGGGCCUAAGGCCUCCCGCCGGCGCCGCCCGGUCGCCAUGGCGAGGCGGAGGCGGGGCGCGGCGAGCUGGGCCCGCGGGGCCGCCGUAGAAAGGGGCCGGGGCGCGGCCUUGCAGGGAGGAUGGAACCACCGGCGGUGCCGGCUGCCACCUUCGAGCGGUGGGUGGUGCGGAGCGGCGCGGAGCACCAUUACCUGCGGGUCCGCCUGGAGCUGCCGGACGGCGGGGCCCGGCCGAACGUGGCGCAGUUCAAGCAGCUGGUGGUGUCGGCGCUGAGGGAGCUGCACGGAGAGGUUGGAGCAGCUUUACCUGUUGAUGUCUUAACAUACGAGGAAAAAACUCUGUCUGCUAUAUUAAGAGUUAUUAGCAGUGGCCUUGUCAAGCUGUGGAGUGCUCUAACGUUGCUGGGUUUCUACCAGAACAGGAGGUGUGCCUUUCGAGUUCUGCAGACAUCUCCAUUUCUUCUUGCUUUAUCUGCGAACAGCAGAGAACUAGUCUUGGACUGAAUGCAGUUGUUGGUUUGGUUGUACAAAGCAGAAGUUGCUUGAGAUGUUGCAGCCGUUCAAGUAUGGAAUUUCUGGACGGGAUUUCCGACAAAGAACCUUGACAAAGCUAACCCUUAUCAGCUCGCUGCUUGGACGUCCCGUACUUCAGAGUUUACACAUAAAAGUUGGAGACAAAGCUGAACUUACCAAAGCUUUUACACAGAAUGAUGUUGUUACUUUUUCUGAUUUAACAGGUGACACAAAUCCUUUGCAUUUAAAUGAAGAUUUUGCAAAGAAAUCUAGGUUUGGGAGAACUAUUGUGCAUGGAGUUUUGAUCAAUGGACUCAUUUCUGCAGUUCUGGGUACUAAAAUGCCUGGUCAAGGUUGUGUAUUUCUCUCUCAGGAGAUCCGAUUUCCAGCUCCUCUGUAUGCUGGAGAAGAAGUCACAGCUGCAGCGGAAGUUACACGACUGAAGGGUUCUAUUGCACACAUUUCAGUGUCGUGUAAAGUCAAAGGAAGUGGGAAGACUGUUAUGGAAGGACUGGUGAAAGUGAUGGUGUCAGACAGUUAGAGCUGUUGUUCCUCUGCUGCUGUUUUAUAAAGGUCAGAAGUGUA